AUGAGCGCCCGCCUCUUCUCCGCCGCCGCGCGCAGCGCUGCCCGCGCCCCGGCCGCCCGCUCUACCGUCCAGCGCCGCUUCGCCAGCACCGACAACGCCUUCGUCAGGGAGCGCGAGGCUGCCAAGCACCACGCCGCCGGCACCACUGAACUCUGGCGCAAGAUCUCCAUCUACGCCUGCAUUCCCGCCCUCGCCCUCGCCGGCGCCAACGCCUACGUCCUCUGGAACGAGCACUGGGAGCACUGGAGCCACAUGCCCCCUCUGGAGGAGCGCGUCGAGUACCCCUACCAGAACAUCCGCACCAAGAACUACCAGUGGGGUAACGGUGACAAGACCCUCUUCUGGAACGACUCCGUCAACUAUCACAACAAGGACAAGGCUUAA